GGUAGUACAACGGCGAUAGUCCCCACACACGCUUGUCGUUAUGUAAUUUUAUAUUCAGAAAAAAAAAAACAAACGUACUAGUAAGACAAUUGAAUCGUCAGUAUUAUUUUCGCCGUGUAUUAAGAUGCGAGUUUGUACUGUUUAAGUUAGUUUGUUCGCGAUAAUACGCCGCAGUCGACGUUCGGUGUCGAGCACAACAGACCAAUGUUUUGUUCGUGUCAAAAUUGAUGUUUCUGUGAAGCGAGCGAAAGUGUUUCGAUUUCGUUUUGUGUUUCUGUUUAUCUAACUGUGUUGCGAGUUGGAGUGAGAUUCGGUCAGUGGAAUCUGUGUGUGGUAAACUACGUGAGUAUUCAGUGCGACGGAAUAUUUUGAUUGACAGUUCGGACAUAGUUCAAAAUAUAAAAAAGAUUUCGACUAUUAACUGAAAUAAGUACACUGAAUUUCAAAUAGCACAUCCACUCACAUCGAUAGCACUACGUUAUCUACAUAUCAACAAUAUCAUAACUGAUAUGGCAAUUGCGAGUUGCAAUCAGUAAACUAGAAAGCGGGCGUGCCCUAAGAUGUUCUUGUACUGAAAUCGUGUAAACUGGUAUCAGUAUUCGGGUUAUGAAUUAUUGACGAGGGAAGUAACACGCCCAGUCAUAUUACACACCUUUUAAUUCAGUUAACAAGACGCGAAUAGUUUGAACUGUUUGUGUUGCGUCGAGGUCUGAGAAGAAACAUCUUGCGAUCUGCAGUUGCUACAGGCGGAAGGCAAUAACUAUACGGAUACGUCAACGUCUGCGCAGCAGUGUGCUUGCUGCUGCUCGUCGGAGGGCUCACACCGUCGUCGGCGGCACCGCAUCGGACGCGCAGAAUGGACAAGCGACAAACGGAACAGGAGAACGAGACGUGGUCCAACCCUUGCGACUUCAAUAAGUCACAUAUUAAUUCUCAAUUAAAAUACAAGUCGCAACUAGCCGAAGAUGUGGCGAUACAGUCUAGAGAUACAAUAAAUAGAAUGAUGGGGUACAAAGAUGACAUUGCAGAAUUGCACUCUUACAGUAAAUUCGAGGAUAUGUUAGAUAUAUGGAGCGGCACUCUGUGGUUACGGUCCUACAACGACUCGUGGUUAGAGAAACCUGCGUUUCCUGACAACAAGACGUUAGGGAAACCAAUGGAAGAGGAGGAAUUGAAGAAACUGGUGGAGGAUCCAACAAAAGUAGACAACCUCCUGCCGGUGAUCAGCAAGGCAUUGAAGAUGGUUGGUGCUGCUCUGCAAGCAGUCAGCGAACCUGACAAGAAAUGGAUGCCUGACGAUCUUCGUAAUAACCUCACUAUGGCAAGCAAGGAUGUACGCCUGGUUCUCUGCUAUGUUAGUGAAGUAACAAGGGCACGUAACCAGAGAAUGUUGCCUCUUUACAACAAGGAGAUACCCAAAUACACGGAAGAGAGGGAGGCGGUAAGGGAUGCUUUCCUCAUCUACCGAGACACUAUCAACUUAUUAGAAUACGUCGAAGAGCUGUUCAGAAUGAUGAGCAAAACCGACAUCUACGAGAAGAACUAAAGACGCUUACAAGAAACUCUGUGGUUGUGUUAUGUAGUGUCAUUCCCGAAUACCCUUAAUCUUAUUUUUAAUGUUCACCAAAAGUGGCUGAUUCGCAGCUCCCAUGAGAAUCUUGCUCCUUAUAAAGUUGCAAAUCGAUUUUUAAAGCACUUGGAAACAUUAUUUAUUACUUGUUUCCUGCUUACAUGAAGUGGUAAGAGCACUCGAUGCCCAUAGUCUCAUAUUGUCAAGAAAUAAGGGUUUAUAAUAAAUAACUCUUAAUAGAAAUGGGUGGACAUCUAAAAAAGGGCUGUUGAUUUUCAAGGAAACUUCGAAUAUGUAAGAAAAUAUUUGGUUGGGUGUGGGGAUGACGAUAAUUUUAUUAUUUAUGUUGAGGAGUAGUUAUGCUCUUAUUUAGAAAAUUGGAUCAUGAUUUUACACAAUCGUGUGAACUUAGACUUGAUUAUGUAGGGAAAUGACGGCCUGGCCCUGAUAUUCCCACAGUCACCUUAAAGUAGUUCUUAUUUGAGCUAUUGAAUGAUUGGUUGUUGUUUUUAUUUAUAAAACGCGAAUUUCCACUGGCUAGUUAAUUGCUCCUCAGUUAGCCCACUGUGAAAGUCUAGAAAAUUGUUUUGGCUGUUGAUUAGAGAAUUAAUAUAGAAAAUGUCUUUGCCAUUACAUUGCCAUUUGGUCUAGAAUGAAUUAGUUCCUUUUGUAUUUUUGUAAAUAUUAACGAAUUUAUUUAUUGUAUGCUGGCAGCGUAACAUUCUAAAUUUUCCGAUAAUCCUAGUCAAGGUCUUAACUUAUUUAUUUCUCGAUUACUUUAAUUUGGUUUCCUUCUAGUUGGGCGAUUAAAGGAAAAUAUUAUUGCAACUAUGCAAACCUUGAUGUGUAUUUCAGUACAAUUAUAAUUUUCAAGUAUUAUAUUAUUAAAGUGGUUAUUCCACUAAAUAUCAUCUUCUAAAUAGGCCUGUGUUUGUAGCACGUUCACUUAUAAAGGUCAUUUUUAUGAGAUUACUACUUAAGUUGAAAGAUCAUCAAAAUUUGCAAGGUUCAUCGGCUUUACAAACUGGGUAUAAUUGUAUUUAAUUUUAGAUUUUAGUACUAGACUUAAUUCCAACAGAUUUGAAUGAUAUGAUUGUUGUUAGUAAAUUAUUGAGUUAGUAUUUUAUACUUCAGACCCAGGAGUUAAAUGAUUGUGUUAAUUGGUCUGCGACUUUAAAUUUAAUAUCUUUGGGUUUUUCUCUAUCCUGUUCCAUCUUUGUCAGUGUUAUAGAUCUUUUUAUUAAGAUUAUAGACAGUCAAUACAUGUUCAGAGAGGAUCCCAAUGGUGCCAAAUUUACAGUUGCUGAUCAAUAUUAGUACUGACGAUAGAUUGGUCACGGCCAAUGUGCGGUUGAGGCUGCAAUUUAUUUUAAUUGUACAUUAUUAUUCCUACUUUCAUUAGUAUUACUCUCUUUGUUAACUAUUUAUAUUACUGUUACAGAAAUCCAAUGAAGUAUGUCUAGCUUUAAUAGAGCUGUUAAUUAUAUUAUUGUAAAAUACAGAGCCAGUGUAUUUAUGACUUAAUCAUUAUUUGUAUAGUUCAAAUAGUAUUUAUAACUGCAGGAAACAUAAUCUCUAUGUUUAAUAAAUUAAAUUAUUAUUGCAUUACAA